AUGGCAAGCGCAAAAACAAAACAAAAUUUACCUGAAUCAAAUAUCGCUAUCGGUAUUGAUUUAGGAACAACUUAUUCAUGUGUUGGUGUAUGGAGAAAUGAAAAUGUAGAUAUAAUUGCAAAUGAUCAAGGUAAUAGAACAACACCAUCUUACGUAGCAUUUACUGAUACUGAAAGAUUAAUUGGUGAUGCAGCUAAAAAUCAAGUUGCUAGAAAUCCAGAGAAUACUGUCUUCGAUGCAAAAAGAUUAAUAGGAAGAAAAUUUACUGAAUCAUCUGUUCAAAGUGAUAUGAAACACUGGCCAUUUACUGUAAAAGCAGGUGUUGAUGAAAAACCAAUGAUUGAAGUAACUUAUCAAGGGGAAAAGAAAUUAUUUCACCCAGAAGAAAUAUCAUCAAUGGUUUUACAAAAAAUGAAAGAAAAUGCUGAAGCAUUUUUAGGAAAAUCAAUUAAAAAUGCAGUCAUUACUGUUCCAGCAUACUUUAAUGAUUCACAAAGACAAGCAACAAAAGAUGCAGGUACUAUUGCAGGACUAAAUGUUAUGAGAAUUAUUAAUGAACCAACAGCAGCAGCAAUUGCUUAUGGUUUACAUAAAAAAGGUAAAGGUGAAAAAAAUAUUUUAAUAUUUGACUUAGGAGGAGGUACAUUUGAUGUAUCCUUAUUAACAAUUGAAGAUGGUAUUUUUGAAGUAAAAGCAACUGCAGGUGAUACUCAUUUAGGAGGAGAAGAUUUUGAUAACAGAUUAGUAAAUUUUUGUGUUGAAGAUUUUAAAAGAAAAAACAGAGGAAAAGAUUUAUCUAAAAACAGUAGAGCAUUAAGAAGAUUAAGAACUCAAUGUGAAAGAGCAAAACGUACCUUAUCUUCCUCUACUCAAGCAACCAUUGAAAUUGACUCCUUAUUUGAAGGUAUUGAUUAUAGUGUAACCGUAAGUAGAGCAAGAUUUGAAGAAUUAUGUAUUGAUUACUUCCGUGAUACUUUAGUACCAGUAGAAAAAGUAUUAAAAGAUGCUAUGAUGGACAAAAAAAGUGUCCAUGAAGUUGUCUUAGUAGGAGGUUCAACAAGAAUACCAAAAAUCCAAAGCUUAAUUAAAGAAUUUUUCAAUGGUAAAGAAGCAUGCAGAUCUAUUAACCCUGAUGAAGCUGUUGCAUAUGGUGCAGCUGUACAAGCAGCUAUAUUAUCUGGUGAUCAAUCUAAUGCAGUUCAAGAUUUAUUAUUAUUAGAUGUAUGCUCCUUAUCAUUAGGUUUAGAAACUGCAGGUGGUGUUAUGACUAAAUUAAUUGAAAGAAACACUACUAUUCCAGCAAAAAAAAGUCAAAUAUUUACUACUUAUGCUGAUAAUCAACCAGGUGUCUUAAUACAAGUUUAUGAAGGAGAAAGAGCAUUAACAAAAGAUAACAAUUUAUUAGGUAAAUUUCAUUUAGAUGGUAUUCCACCAGCACCUAGAAAAGUACCUCAAAUUGAAGUCACUUUUGAUAUUGAUGCAAAUGGUAUAUUAAAUGUUACUGCUGUAGAGAAAUCUACUGGUAAACAAAACCAUAUCACUAUUACUAAUGAUAAAGGAAGAUUAUCACCAGAAGAAAUUGAUCGUAUGGUUAACGAUGCUGAAAAAUACAAAGCAGAAGAUGAAGAAAAUAGAAAGAGAAUUGAAGCAAGAAAUAGCCUUGAAAAUUACUGCUAUGGUGUUAAGAGUUCAUUAGAAGAUCAAAAAAUAAAAGAAAAAUUACAACCAUCAGAAGUUGAAAGCUGCAUGAAAACUAUUACUGCAAUUCUUGAAUGGUUAGAAAAGAAUCAAUUAGCUAAUAGAGAUGAAUAUGAAGCUAAACAAAAAGAAGCUGAAGCAGUAUGUGCACCUAUUAUGUCUAAAAUAUAUCAAGACGCAGGAGGAGCAGCUGGAGGUAUGCCAGGAGGAAUGCCAGGUGGUAUGCCAGGAGGUGGAAUGCCCGGUGGUAUGAACUUCCCAGGUGGAAUGCCAGGAGCUGCACCAACAGGAACUGGACCAACUGUUGAAGAAGUUGAUUAA